AUGGACAGGUCUGGGUAUGCUGGCCUCAGUGAUACACCAACCUAUUUGACCACCACUGAACACGAGAAGGUUCGUACAGAGCGCGCACAUACUAAACGAUUUCUUUUCCAGCAUCAACAAAAUCUCCUUCGAAAACCGCACAGUCCGAAUGUUGAAUUAUCACUUGCUCAACAGGCCUCGUCCGUCACUCGAGACUUAAGCCGGAUUCGCUUAUUCGGCUCAGAUUUCUUAUCAUCCAUUUCCAAUAUUUUAAAUAUCGCAUCCUCGACCAGCUCUAAUGCCGGAACCUGUACAACAACUAGCUUUAGCAGCUGCAGAAACACUAUUUCUAACCCAUUCCGCGAGUCAAACGCCCUUUCGACGAGCACACAGGCCGAGUCUCCCCAACAUAUCGUCUUUGUCCGUAGGAGCGCCUCUUCAGCCUCUCAUUUGGCUGAAAUCAAUCAGCCGGCUCCUGUUAUAAAGUCCUUAAGCAGGCCUGUCCUGUUGGAAAAAACACAUUCAGGCCUUCCAAAAAAUAACUUCUUAUCUGAUGAGCACUUUCAAGCCCAUGAUGCUUGUUAUCGACACCAAUCCCAGCAUAACUGUCAGCAAUUCCAGCAUCAUCUUGAACACCAUCACCGAUGCCAUCACCACUGCUCUCAUCCCACUCAACGUCACCAAUGCCACCAUAGUCAGCCUACCGAACAACAUCAGAGACGUUUGUCUCCUUUGCCUUCAGUCCCAGUUCCAUCAGCCACUUCUCGUGACUAUAGCCUAUAUAGCCAAAAUCAUUCAAGUCCUUAUCAUAUUUCUUACCUUCCACAUUCACCUUCCAUAUCCACUUGUCCUGGGCUUCCAUCAGACAGCUUUCCUCCUGUCCCUCUAAUGCGCUCUGACGUAAAUAUGAAUUCUCGCUCUGGUUCAUUUCCUUCAUUAUCCUCUUCUGCUUCUCCCGGUAGUCGCUGUUUCUUCUCCAGUUCUUACUCCUGCCAUUGCUACUGCUGCUACUGUGGAUGCGACUGCCUCCGGGGACUGUCUACCGAAAUACAAAGUGGGAUAUCAGGCUCUCAUAGUUACGGAGCAGUUGGCUGUAAGGGCUCUUGCAGUGUUGGUAGCACUAGUUGCCUUGUUCGCAUCGCCCAACAACUGCCGAAGAUAGUUGUUCUUCAGGCUCCAAGUGCCGACGAGAAGACUCUAUGGUUAACGCAGCUACGUGCUCGUGUCCACUCAGUUCUCCGACGCUCCAAUACCGGUGCUACAGACGACGGAAGUGAUAGGAAUUGGCCUGGUAAUAACAGGAAUUGUGGAGGGGGGAGUAAGGCUGCUAUCAGAAAUGAAUUGUCUUCGAAUGAUCUGUCCAGUUUGGGCAUAGUUAGUGCGGGUGAUGGUAGCAGUUCUGCAGCUACGGAACAGCGCAAACGGUCGAGCAGGGAUAUAUUCAAAAGCAAGUCAACUUCCGGGCCUAUUUUUACGCGUUGGUAG